AUGAGUCCCAUUGCUUACGACGACCCUGAGAAACCGCCUCUGCACCAAUCACAUUCCUCCGCGCACGUCCGAGCGAGAGAUGCGGCGGAACCUUCGGCGGAAAUCGGGGGGCCGCGCGGAGAAGAGCUGCAAGUGGCGAGACCAGUAGAAGGGCCAGCGGCGCCGGGGCACGGAGCGGAAUGUCCACAGGCGGGGAAAGUGGGGGGAUGCGGAGGGGGAAGAGGGGGCCGCGCUGAACUGUUAGCGGCGGAAAAUGGCGAAGCGCCCGCGGUAAGGGGCGCGAGCGGCGGAAGGGGAACGCGCAGCGGAAGAGGAACGGGUGGCGGAAGGAAGCGGCGGAGGCGGAUUGCAGUGGCGCGCACAGCCCUGGGAUGCGCAUGCGCGCUGCUGGUGCUGCUGGGCGUUGCGCUGAUGUGGCGGACAGGGGGAGACGGCGGAAUCUCGGGCUCUUGGCGCGCAGGUGCGGUCAAUAUCCAGUCGACCCUCUGCAGUUCAUGUGUGUCCGCCCAAUAUCCAGUGCCUCCAUUUCCCUCCUCUCUUUCAAACCCUAACUUUCCUUUCCUCUCCCCUCCCCUCACAGCCGAACCUCUGCUGGUCCACUUCCCUCUAGAGCCCUCCCCUCUGCUGAUUCAUCUCACUCCUCUCGCCCUUCCACCCGCUCUCCCCUCCCCUCAUUCACAGCCGACCCUCUUCUGGUUCACCCCUCCCUGGAGCCCUCACCUUUGCUGCGAGGCCUGGGGAGCUUUGCACCCGAAACUGAUAUGCUUAAGGUGGAGCGAGUGCGAAGAGAAAAUGCCUAUG